GCCAGCCCGGACCCGAAGUCGAGGCCGGCGGCGGCCAGGGCCGUCCACGGGGCGGUGAGCGCCAAGGCUCGAGGAGCAACGCGGGGAGGAGAUCAGGAACAUCAGCUCUACGAUCUCUCAGAAAGGAGACCCGACGAUUGAGCUGGCGAAGUCGAUGGUCAAGAUGGACACCCUCUACAAGAUGCGGCGGAUGGAAGCCGGCGGGUCCGCCGGGGCUUCGGAGUCGAAGCACGCGUCCACGUGGCCGCUGCCCGGUUUCGCUGCGGCUACGAGCAGGCCGCCGAGCCUGAGCAGGACGCAGGACGCGGGAGAAGCUCGGAGGGAGAGCUCGACGCAGGAGCUCGGAGGAGGAGACGCGGUGGGCGACGCGUCGGGCCUCCCGCCGGCCGCGGAGCGGCCGCCCUCGCUCGAGGAGGGCCGGGUCGGCAGGGAGACGCUGCUGACCAAGACGCUGAAGGACCUGACACCUCCGAGGCGCUGCAGGUCCAGGCGGACGACAUCAACGCCGCGCAGGACGGGUCGUGUCCAUGGUGGGCGCCGUACGGCACGCCACGAACGUGGUGAUCUUGCGGUCCUACGGCGUCCUCCUCCGCAAGGCCUACCUCCUGCGGCGCGUGGAGCUGCGGUCGGCGGAGGUCGCGGCGGCGUCCACGGAGGAGGCGCGGCAGGCCACGCUGCGGCAGCUGCUGGGCCUGGAGAGGCCGCCGGACUGCCUCUGUGGCCUGCCCAGGUUCCUCAGGACACCGCACACGCACCGGCCGGGGGACCCGAUCGACGCGGACAGGAGUGAUUUCCCUUCGUUUGUGUGUUCGUUCAGGCUCCCCAGAGAGCACGUGGCGCUGGUUGGCUUGAGGGAGAUCACGGAUGAGAACCUCACAUAUUGGAGCAGGACAAUGCACAAUCAGGCCGUCUCGGGGGCUUCGAAGGAGCAGAUCGAGGCCCUCAUGGACUUUGCGAGGAAUCUCGGCGCGGACGAUUUUCACCCUAUGAUAAUCAAGACGCAGGAAGUCAUGAAAGACCGCGUUGCCGACCGGAUCCUGCAGUUUGCGGAGGAGGUGAAGGCCAAGGACAACCAGAGGGCGUUGGCGGCCGCGCUGAAAAAGGUUGUGCCCACCUUCGGUUUGGCGUCGAAGGACGCGGACCUCGCCGAGCAGCAGAUCUUGGCGGCGGAGGAGGACUCAAAAACGGGCGUGACGGCCAAGACGCACCCGCAGCUCGCGACCGCCCUCGAGAUCGUGAAGAAGCUCCGCGAGAACGACGGCGAGCGGAAGCGCCUGCUGGCCCGCGACGUCCGGCGCGUCGUGAGGCCGACGCUCAAACAGCCGUCGGGAUCGGGAGGCCCAGGAGCGCAGCUCGACGACGCGGUUGUCGAGGCGCUGGCGCGCACGCCGCGCGGCGACUCGGGCGCGCCAGACUGAGGCGGGCGGGGGGCCAGGCACAGGGUGUCAGGGCAUG